AUUGAAAAUCUGUUUUAUAUUUCGACACCAUAUCCAUUCAAUGAAACCAGCAUUAGAUUUCGUUUUGAGUAUGUAAACGAAGUAUUCGCCUUACUCAGACUCAAAUAAUUACGAUGGACGACGACAGCUACACUUGAGAAAUCGAAUAUAAAUCGAAGACAUUGUGCAUUACCUGUUUUAUAAUUGUUUGAUAAACAUUCGUAUUUAUCACGUUCUCUGUUUCUAUUUUAGAGGUCGCUGUCCACCCAAUGUGAAUCUACAAAUAGAUGCUCGUGUACCACGUUUAACAACAUCAAGUGGUUUCAGCACAUCUCUAUCGGUGUUUGGGCAACAGGUUCAACUGACACUAAGUGAAGAUAGUCGAUUGUUGAAAUCCAAUGGAGGAGGAAAUCCAAUAUGUGUGGAACAAUUAAGAGGAUUAAUCUAG